AGGCCAAAAAUCCAGUCCAUCCCGUAUCGGCGGGCUCUUGAAUAAUUUCUGAUGCUUUUAUUUUGAAAGGCUUGAAGCAGAAAUUGUUGUUGCUAAGCGGAAGAUAACACGGGUGCCUUCUGCUGUUUCUGCUGCGAUUAAAGACAUUGAGCUCUCUGAGGAUGACUGACUCCUCUCUUCUCAACUCUGAACUGGAGUUACAGCAACAGGAGGAGCUCUACCAGCAGCUACUGUUGCAGACAAUGGGAAAGCUGCAGACUGAAACUCAAGACUCCAAAGUUAUCCGGCCUCAACCAGGCAUCUGUGUGAAAACGUCCUCAGAGACAGGCAAUGAGAAGGUUUUUAUUAACAUCUGCCAGUCAAACUCUGUCCCGCCCCCGCCUGAGCUCACCAGGGAGGAACUUGUGCAGCUGCUCCAGUCAGAGGAUCCCAGCGGCUACAGGGUUCCAAUGAGCCUGGGGGAGCCGCACACCGAGGUUGACAACAACUCUCAGGGAUGCACAGUCUAUGAUGUUAUCAUCAACCAGGACUUCUUCCAGAGGUGUCAGAAGGAUCCUUUAUUCCAGCAUUUUGUUAUACUGGUGUCUUUGGAGGGACUGGAGAAUAAAUACAGUCUGGAACUAAAUAGAGACUGGAAAGUUCUCAAAAACAGGAAAUUCCUGGGCUCUGUUAGUGAGCAGAACAUCCGGACGAAGAGCAGGCCGGUGAUCCAAGAACUGCAGCCUAAGGAAAUCUCCACAGCAUGUGCUAAAAGACCAGAAUUCUCACUGUUUUUGGAGCCUCCUACUGGACACCCAGAGUACCUCAUUGCAGAGAUAAAGCUCCCUGGAGUGUCAUCAUCUCGCUCUCUGGUUCUUGACGUUGGAGAGGACCAGCUGGUCUUAACAGCUCUACCAUCGCUCUACCACCUUGACGUCUUCCACGCUUUCUUCAUUGACCAGGAGAACAGUGUGGCGCAGUACAACAAGAGCACACAGGUUCUCACUGUCACAAUGCCUGUGGUCUCAUCUGCUUCAUCAAGCUACUGAAGAAUGUCUACCUAUGUAUUUUUCUUACAAAAUGCUGUGAAUAUUAAAGUUUUUUGUUAAAGUUA